CCUUUACCCUGCUGCGCGCUGCGGCUGUCGGGGACCUCGGCUGAAGGGCAUAGCGCGCGGGACGUGCGGACAUGUCCUCGUUAUCUGACGAUGUGAGGCCGCAAGCUGAUAGCCUUGAGCAUGAUUCGUCGGAGCACCUCGUCGCGCGACCGGCAGAGCCCGUCGAGGGACAGUGUGGUGUUUCUGCAGCUGCUGCUACGGCCGAUUGCUGUGGCAAGGGCGAUUGGAACGAGUCCGACGGCGAGGUAUACGACGACGAGGAUGACGAGGACGAGGAGCAGGAGGAGGAGGAAGUCGUCAUGGACGAAGAGGAGAUGCUACGAAUGCUAGACAAGAUGGAGCCCCCGCUGUCAGUAUGCCAGCGGCUCCUGAAGGAUGAUGGUGGAGGCGAUGGGCCUUGGCUGGUGCUUUCCGACAGCCAGCGCGCGUCGCUCAGCCAACGAGGCUUUACGGUACUGGAUAGGCUCGCUCCCGCCAGCCUUGCCGCUGAUGCCUACGAUGAGGCGAGUUUCGCUAUCGCCAGAGCCGCCUCAGGGGUCCUGGCCCCUGCCCAUGGUAGCAGCGGCGGCGGCGCCAGGAGCAUCAACGGCGGUUGUGGUCACGAGACCAGCGAAGGAGAUGGCGCUCUCAACGAGGAAGGCUUGAAGGACGAACAUGCUCCGGCGGCGGCGCCGGGGCUGACUGGCUACGUGAAGUCGGUGCGCGACGACCUCACGGCCUUCGUCUCGUCCGAACGAGAGGCGGGGAGAGGCGCCCGCGGGGCCGCCGAGACCGGCGCAGUCGGAAGGACUCUUGCUAUCCUGGCGAGGCUCGGGGAGGAUUUAGGGCGGAUGGUGCGGCUCAGGGGCAGGGUGGAGCACCAGCUGGCGGUGUACCCGUCCGGGAUCGGUGCGCGCUACGAGAGGCAUCGGGACGCCUACCCAGACGAUGGCGAAGAAGAUUACGACGAAGACCCUCCGGCCGCAACCGAUGGCGAGGUAAAUGCUAACCAUAACACCAAAGCGGAAGAGGCAGAGGGAGCAGACGGAGGCAGCGUAAGCUUCCGCAGGAUAACCGCAAUCUGCUACCUCCGCCGGAACGGGACCCCGUGGCAGGCGUCCGACGGGGGGGCCCUCCGCCUGUACCCUCCCACCGCGUCACCCCUCGCUCAAGAAGAGGAAUGCGACAACGGCAGCAGCGGCGAGGUUGUGUGCAAGCUCGCCUCCCGGCUCGAUUUUGAGGCAGAGCAAGAGGAUCGCCGACAGCACCAGCAGCAGCCCGACACCCGAGGCCCCUGCUCCUCGGACGCCGCCGCCGCCACCGGUGGCAGAGACAGAGUAACAGGCGACGACAUUGAUGACGGGCGCGCCGGCGGUAGCAGCAGCUGCCGUACCUCUUCGUGCCGCAGUGGUGCCGGAGCGAAAGGUGGUAGCACCGGCGGUGGAGAUAUUUGUCACGUUAGCGGCGGGGGCGGCGGGGGCGGUAGCGUCGCCACUAAUACGGGUGAAUCAGCCAGCAGCCGAGACGAUUGGGCAGGCGACGGUGCUCAUGAUUCAGCUGCGGGAGGUGGUGGUACUAAUAGUGGGGGCGACGAGACCGGUGGCGAGGGGACCCGCCAGGGAUUCGUCGAUGUGCCCCCCCUCGCCGGACGCGCGGUCGUUUUCUUCAGCGGCGCCGUGGAGCACGAGGUCCUGCCGGUCACGGGACAGUUGCCGAGGGCGGCCUUGACCACUUGGUUUCACUAACUACGGCAGGAAAAACGACCAACGGACAAAGCGGCGGGUUAUCUCCAACUUGCUUUUCAUCAGUGUCGACUUGGUUUGUGUCUGUCUCUAGGACAGAUUUCCGAGUCCUCGUGUUUGUGGUAUUGGUGUCAAGUGUUGGUGUUGAUUAAAUUGGUUUCCGAGAUCUUGGGUCUGUCGAUGCUGGUCUUCGUUUGGGGCUUUUGGGUUUUCAAGUAUCGUGUCGUCGCGUAGUUUAACUGGUUUGGUUGUUUGUGCUUGCCGACUCUCACGAUAUUAGUGAUCGUGGUUGGAUUAUGACGAGCAACGUGGAGCAACUUAUUUUCGUCUUUUUUUGUACACUCCUUGCUGGAACGACCGCAUGUGUACGUUGUGCAGUGAUCAAGCCCAGUGCACUUCGAAGUCAAUGUACCAGCAUCUCUUGCUGCAUGGCAGCACCAAGGAGUCGGACAAGGCGGCUCGGUGGCAAAUACGUUCGGAAUUAGAGUAUGGCUUGUUGCAUCCUUCCUGUGGUUUUCGUUGGGUGAAAGAAAACACAACUGUCAUGUGUUUCUUGCCAGGUCAGGCGGCGAGGGCUUCCCGCACUGUAGACUUGUC